GUUGUUUUCGUCUCUCACACUAGGGUUUUUUCACAGACCACGAGAAGCUACAGGGGAAGUCCAGACAAACGUAAUUGCGAUUGAGCGUUCUCUUCUUUCUCUAUCUGGGGUUCUCCCUCUUUAAAAACCGAUAAUGAAGGUCAAAGUUAUAUCACGUUCCACGGAUGAAUUUACUCGCGAACGAAGCCAAGAUCUCCAGAGGGUAUUUCGAAACUUUGAUCCAAACCUACGAAAGCAAGAAAAGGCGGUUGAAUAUGUACGCGCUCUUAAUGCGGCUAAAUUGGAUAAGGUUUUUGCCAGGCCGUUUAUUGGAGCAAUGGAUGGGCAUAUAGAUUCCAUUUCUUGUAUGGCAAAGAAUCCCAAUUACUUAAAAGGGAUAUUUUCUGGUUCAAUGGAUGGAGAUAUUCGUCUUUGGGAUAUAGCUUCCAGGCGAACAGUUUGUCAGUUUCCUGGUCAUCAAGGUGCUGUACGGGGUUUGACAGCAUCCACAGAUGGACGCAUUCUUGUAUCAUGUGGAACUGAUUGCACUGUCAGGCUAUGGAAUGUACCUGUUGCUACCAUCAGUGACUCAGAUGACUCCUCUGAUAAUUCUAUGAAGCCACUGGCGGUUCACGUUUGGAAAAAUGCAUUCUGGGGUGUCGAUCAUCAGUGGGAUGGUAAUCUUUUUGCCACUGCUGGUGCCCAAGUAGAUAUCUGGGACCACAAUAGGUCUCAACCUGUCAACACUUUUCAAUGGGGAAAUGACUCUGUUAUAUCUGUUCGAUUUAAUCCUGGAGAACCAGAUCUCUUGGCAGCAUCAGCUAGUGACCGCAGUCUAAUACUAUACGAUUUGCGUAUGUCAUCCCCAGCAAGGAAGCUUAUAAUGAGGACAAAAACUAAUUCUAUUUCUUGGAAUCCAAUGGAACCCAUGAACUUCACAGCUGCUAAUGAAGAUUGCAACUGCUAUAGCUAUGAUGCUAGAAAACUGGAUGAAGCCAAAUGUGUGCACAAAGAUCAUGUUUCUGCAGUGAUGGAUAUUGAUUACUCACCCACUGGUCGGGAAUUUGUAACCGGAUCUUAUGAUAGAACAGUAAGAAUAUUCCAGUACAAUGGUGGGCAUAGUCGGGAAAUCUAUCAUACUAAGAGAAUGCAAAGGGUUUUCUGUGUCAAGUUCACCUGUGAUGCAAGUUACGUCAUCUCAGGGAGUGAUGACACCAACCUACGACUUUGGAAAGCUAAAGCAUCAGAACAAUUGGGAGUUCUUCUCCCAAGGGAACGGAAAAAGCAUGAAUAUCAUGAGGCUGUCAAAAAUCGGUACAAGCACCUCCCCGAGGUGAAGCGUAUUGUCAGGCACAGGCACUUGCCAAAACCAAUAUUUAAGGCUGCUGCUCUCAGACGCACUAUGACUGAAGCGGAAAGGAGGAAAGAAGAGAAGAGGAAAGCUCACAGUGCCCCGGGAAGCAUUUCAACAGAGCCAUUGCGGAAAAGAAGAAUUAUCCAAGAAGUUGAGUGAGUUGAUUAUUAACAGAUGGUCAGGGUAGCCUGCUUGUGGAUAACUGAUUAUCCAAGGUUAUUGGCUGUUUCAUGGGCAAGUCGGUUCCUUUCUCAGCACAAUGCAGGUCUCAUUUCAUGGUUCCUUGGGGUACGAUGACUCACCAUCCCUUACCUCCUGAAGCACAGAGCAGAAAUCAAGUAUAUGCUCAUGAUAUGUAACGAUUUUGUUGGGCCCAUGAAUUUUUGACAUUUUGUAAUCUAUCAUGAUUUGGUUCAUUAUAUUUUGUCCUCUCAUCUUACCUCUAUAGAAUAUGUUGUGUUCGCCUUCA